AUGUGUGAUGCAGUGCCACAGUGUGGAACUAAGUGUUAUAACUAUACUCAGGAGCUGCCUGCGCCGCCUUCCCUACUGUUCAGGAAGCUGAGUAACCCCGACCUGUCUCCUGCUGCAGGAAAGACCAAACUGCAGCGGCAGCUCAGUCAGGAUGACACCAGAGCCCGACGUAGCAGUAUGGCUGGCAUCCUCACCGGAAAGCAGCUUCUGCCUCUGUCCAGCAGCAUGCAUGGUGGAGUGAGUCAGCUGGCCUGGCAGCAGCAUGCAGGAGAACCCAAUAACUUGGUCCGCAUGAGGAGUCAAUCCUUUGGCCAGUCUGCCCCCUCUCUCACUGCGGGACUGAAGGAGCUGAGUCUUCCCAGAAGAGGCAGUUUCUGUCGGACCAGCAACAGAAAGAGUUUGAUAGUGACAUCCAGCACCUCUCCUACUCUGCCUCGCCCCCAUUCACCACUGCACGGACACCCAGGAAGCAGCCCAUUGGACAGCCCACGUAAUUUCUCUCCAAACACUGCAGGCCACUUCUCUUUUGUGCCAGCUCGCAGCCAUGGACACAGGGCUGACAGGACGGAUGGUCGUCGCUGGUCUCUCGCCUCUCUGCCAUCCUCUGGCUAUGGAACCAACACCCCAAGCUCAACAGUCUCGUCAUCAUGUUCAUCUCAGGAAAAGCUGCACCAGUUGCCCUUCCAGCCCACUGCAGAUGAGCUGCAUUUCCUCACCAAACACUUCAGCUCGGAGAGCAUCACGGAUGAGGAUGGGAGAAGAUCUCCAGCCAUGCGGCCACGCUCCCGCAGUCUCAGCCCUGGACGCUCACCCAUAUCAUUUGACCAUGAGAUCGUCAUGAUGAACCAUGUCUACAAGGAGCGUUUCCCUAAGGCUACUGCUCAGAUGGAGGAACGGCUGGCUGAUUUCAUAUCCUCCUCAGCUCCUGACAAAGUCAUGCCUUUAGCUGAUGGCGUCCUGAGCUUCAUCCACCACCAGGUCAUAGAAUUGUCUCGGGACUGCCUGGACAAAUCCCGUGAGGGUCUCAUCACCUCCCGCUACUUCUACGAACUACAGGAGAACUUUGAGAAGCUACACCAAGAUGCUCAUGAGCGUUCAGAAAGUGGGGAGGUGACAUUUGUCACCCAGCUGGUUAAAAAGCUGAUGAUAAUCAUCGCCCGACCCGCUCGUCUGCUGGAGUGUUUGGAGUUUAAUCCAGAGGAGUUCUACCACCUGUUGGAGGCUGCUGAAGGUCAUGCUAAAGAAGGUCAGGGCAUCAAGUCUGACAUCCCUCGAUACAUUAUCAGCCAGCUGGGCCUCACCAGGGACCCCCUUGAGGAAAUGACCCAGCUGAGCAGCUAUGACAGCGGUAACCCUGAAACGCCAGAGACAGAGACAGAUUCCACAGAAAGUCGAGGAGCCACCAUACAACCACUCCAGCCUCAGCCUCAACCCAAAACUAAAACUCCACGCGAGGAAGACUUUGAGACCAUUAAACUCAUCAGUAAUGGAGUCUAUGGGGCUGUGUUUCUGGUGAGGCAUAAGGAGACCCGUCAGCGAUUUGCCAUGAAGAAGAUCAACAAGCAGAACCUGAUCCUGCGAAACCAGAUCCAGCAGGCCUUUGUGGAAAGAGAUAUCCUGACAUUUGCAGAGAACCCUUUUGUUGUCAGUAUGUUCUGUUCUUUUGAGACAAGGAGACAUCUUUGCAUGGUUAUGGAGUAUGUGGAGGGUGGAGAUUGUGCCACUUUGUUGAAGCACAUUGGGGCUCUGCCUGUGGACAUGGUACGCAUGUACUUUGCUGAGACUGUUCUAGCACUGGAAUACCUUCACAAUUAUGGCAUUGUGCACAGAGACCUCAAACCUGACAAUCUGCUGAUUACAUCAAUGGGACACAUCAAACUGACAGACUUCGGCCUGUCCAAGAUUGGUUUAAUGAGCUUAACAACCAAUCUAUAUGAGGGCCACAUUGAAAAAGAUGCCCGUGAAUUUCUGGACAAACAGGUGUGUGGUACUCCUGAAUACAUAGCUCCUGAAGUCAUUCUGAGGCAGGGCUAUGGAAAGCCAGUGGACUGGUGGGCCAUGGGAGUUAUCUUGUAUGAGUUUCUCGUGGGAUGUGCUCCCUUCUUUGGGGAUACGCCUGAGGAGCUGUUUGGACAAGUCAUCAGUGAUGAGAUAAUCUGGCCAGAAGGUGAUGAAGCUUUGCCUCCAGAUGCUCAAGAUCUCAUCUCCAAACUACUGCGGCAAAACCCUCUGGAGCGUCUGGGAACAGGGAGUGCGUUUGAGGUGAAACAGCACCGUUUUUUUACUGAUCUGGACUGGAACAGUCUCCUGAGGCAGAAGGCAGAGUUCAUUCCUCAGCUGGAGUCGGAGGAUGACACUAGCUACUUUGACACACGCUCAGAUCGGUAUCAUCACAUGGACUCGGAGGAAGAGGAUGACACAAAUGAUGAUGACCAUCUGGAGAUCCGUCAGUUCUCCUCCUGUUCACCACGAUUCAGCAAGGUGUAUAGUAGUAUGGAGCGUCUUUCCUUGCAUGAGGAGAAGCGCACUCCUCCUCCCACUAAACGCAGUCUGAGUGAAGAGGGAGGAGAGCGUAUCGACAGUCUCAGUGGCCUAAAGUCUCGAGACCGGAGCUGGCUGGUGGGCUCACCUGAGAUCCUAAGGAAGCGACUCUCUGUUUCCGAGUCAUCUCACACCGAGAGCGACUCCAGCCCGCCUCUGACCGUACGUCGCCGCUGCUGCUCGGCCAUCAUCGAAAUGCCUCGAUUCGCCAUUUCCAGCGAAGAGGAUGGUGGUGUGGGGGGCAGGAAGACCCAUGUGAGGGGACCUCGGGGGGAAGAUCUGCCUCAGGCCAUACCAGAGCUCCCUGUGGAGAGAGAGCUCAGACUGGAUGAAUCGCCAACCACACCAGGCUCCACUUCCAGACAGAUCAGCCAAUCCACACUCACACCUGGUGGUUCUAGUGAUGUGUUGGAUCGAGCUUCUCGCUACAGUGCUGAAGGAUCUGAAAACUCCACUCCUAAAGCCAUCAGUGAUUUAGCAGCUCGUAGAGCUCGCCACAGACUGCUGUCAGGAGAUACGGAGAAGCACACGUCACGCCCACUUAACAAAGUCAUCAAGUCCGCUUCAGCAACUACACUUUCACUCAUGAUCCCUGCUGAUCACCAUGGUGCCUCUCCUUUGGCCAGUCCCAUGUCCCCUCAUUCUCUCUCGUCCAACCCCUCAUCACGUGACUCCUCGCCUAGCCGAGACCUUUCCCCAGCCAUCUGCAGUGUCAAACCCGCCAUAGUCAUUCACCGAGCCGGCAAGAAAUAUGGUUUCACCCUGCGUGCCAUCAGGGUUUACAUGGGAGACACAGACAUUUAUACUGUGCACCACAUGGUCUGGCACGUGGAGGAUGGGGGACCUGCUCAUGAGGCUGGACUGAGAGAGGGAGAUCUCAUCACACAUGUUAAUGGAGAGCCUGUCCAUGGACUCGUGCACACAGACGUUGUAGAGCUCAUUCUCAAAAGUGGCAGUAAGGUGUCCAUUUCUGCUACGCCCUUUGAGAAUACAUCUAUUAAGGUUGGCCCUGCACGCAAAAUCAGCUACAAGUCCAAAAUGGCCCGGCGCAACAAAAGAACCAAAACCAGAGAAGGACAAGAUAGUAAGAAGAGAAACUCCCUGUUUCGUAAGAUCACCAAGCAAGCGACCCUUCUCCACACCAGUCGUAGCCUGUCCUCUCUGAACCGCUCAGUCUCAUCAGGUGAAAGUGUCCCAGGGUCUCCCACGCACAUGUCCCCUCGUUCACCCACGCAGGGCUGUCGUUCCACUCCUGACUCUGCCCACUCAGUUGGUGGGAACUCAUCCCAAAGUAGCUCACCUAGCUCCAGUGUGCCAAACUCUCCUGCCAGUUCUGGACAGAUCAGACCCAGCUCUUUGCAUGGUCUGGCUCCCAAACUGCAGCGCCAGUACCGCUCCCCCCGCCGGAAGUCAGCAGGCAAUAUCCCCUUAUCCCCUUUGGCACGUACACCGUCGCCCACCCCUCAAAACACCUCCCCACCGCGUUCUCCUUCGCCCCUGCCAAGCCACGCGCUCAUCACUUCUUCAAUAGGCCAGUCUUUCCCUGUCAAACUCCACUCUUCACCUCCAUUAGUAAGACAGAUAUCCCGCCCAAAGAGUGCAGACCCUCCUCGCUCUCCUCUGCUCAAACGUGUCCAAUCAGCUGAGAAGCUCGCAGCCUCUCUUUCUUCUUCAUCCUCGUCUCCUUCUCCAUCCUCUACUGCUGAUAAAAAGCUACCAGUUGGUGCCAGCCGCAAACACAGUCUUGAUACCUCACAUUCAGAUUUUAAAAAAGAGAUGAUGCAGCGAGACCCCAGUCUACAGAGCCUGCAGGAGUCAGCCAGUGAGACUCUAAUGGGAGGAAGAGUGUCUCCUGCAGAAAAGGGCAGCCUGCAGAAAAGUUCAGUUCGUAAACUGGGCAGGCAAGAAGGUCCUGAGUCUGGAACUGGAACUCUGGGACUUGUUCCUGGAAAGAGUAAACUGAAAGACAAGCUGUCUGCCAUACGCCAGGAUCGAGCUGAGCGCCGCGAGUCUCUUCAAAAGCAGGAUGCCAUCCACGAGGUGGACUCCUCAGAGGAUGAGACAGACGAAGGGUCGGAAGAUAGCCAAGAUGGACGCAGGACAAGCUAUGUUCCUCCUAGCCAUGUCUUGAGGCCUACAACUGUAAUGGCCUCUCCCCAUACCAUCAGGAUGGGUCCAGCAGCUCCACCGACACUGGGACUGACGUCCUCAAUGGUUGCACCCCCAGGCUUACCUCAGCCCAGCCGAGGACUGCAGAUACAAAGCCAAAGUACCACUCAGUCUCAGACACAAACUUCAACCUCACCGUCAAUGCAAGCUGCAGCCAAGCCCCCAGAACAGAAUCCUACAACCUCUAUUAUGGCCCAAGACUCCAGUUCAACACUAGCUGAAGAGUCGAAAAAGAAAGACUUAAAGGCACAGGACUCUCAAUCCAGUGUUAGGCCUUCUCCACCUCAACCCAGCCCUCUGUCCAGCACCUUUUCCACCCAUGGUAGCGCCUUUACCUCUGUCAGCAAAGACCCAUUCAUCAAACCCACCACACCUCCGUUGGAUCCCCGGAGGACCCCCAAAACUUCUGAGCCCAGGUCCAAAACCAGUGGUAAAAUGGAUCCUAGCACUGCUUCUGGAGUGACGAGGGAUAUCCCUGUUGCUACCACACCAACCGGAGGCAUCACAAAGGAGAUGAAGGAGGCUGACAACCGCAGACAGGCUGCAGCUGCCUCUCCAUCCACUGCCUCUGAGAGCGGAAUGGACAAAGUUGUGUCUCAACUGGCCACAGUGGCUAAGAGUGUGCUUGGCCCGGUCAAACUCAACAUCCCAGGUACUAAAGAGGCCUCAGAGUGGACAAAGGACCAGCAUCCCCAGACAGAUCCCACCCACCCGAAAAUAAAAGAAUGUCGCCUGGAACGUCCUGAUUCUCCUGACUCUUUGAGUCCGUCUGCUGCUUCUGGCUCCCAGUCUCCACGGCUGACUGAAUCUCCCUCUAAACAAACGUCAUCCAAAUCUGAGCCAGCCUCAACUUCUCAGAGAUCUUUGGAGGUCCAAGGGACUUCCAAAAGGCCAACUGCUCCAAACUCCCAAGCCGGGGAAGAACAUCAGGAGAGACCAGGGACUCCGCGAAGUGGCACCACACCAAGGCCAAAGUCUGAAGCACAAUCUCAGGCCCAGGCAAAGUCUAGUUCUACUAUUUCACGAGACAAAUCCAACAAGACGACGUAGCAGCCUUGCAGAAAGACCCAUUUUCUCCAGCUUUAAUUUAAAUUGCCUAUGACUGACAAAUACACACUGUAACACAAGGCAGUUGUCCUGUUUAAUGUCAGUAUUCAUAUGAAAAGAUUGUGGAAAGAUAAGACCGAGGAAGAGAUGGAGGUGUUUACAGAUGAGCCCAACGGCUUUAUUUCAAAAUGUUUUAUGCUUUGCCAUUCACUAAAUAAUUGAAGCUUUUGCUUCGAAUUGUUUUGCUUUUCUUGUUCCUCCUUUUAAAGUAUUUUUCUCAGCAGCUAGAAAACCUAGACAAAUGCUUGGGUCUGCGCCCCCUGAGAGACAGAAACCAUGUCCACUUACAGUAUAUUACCUCUUCAUAUUAUCCUUAUAUUACUUUAAGAAUCUUCUCUUGUAGUAGGUAUAGUUGUGCCUUAAAGCAACAUCUCAACAUUUCACGCAUUUCUUUCAGCCUGUUCUUCUUUAUAGGAAGACAUAUUGCAGCAAUAAGAGUAGCGUAUCCCGAGCAAUUUUCACAAACACACAAAGUUUAUUUCAUCACACCUGUAGUAUAAAGAAUAAGUAAUAUAAAGAGAAACCAAACUGUGUUUUCCUUCUUUUCUCACUUGCACUUGUUUCAGCUUUUAAUUGUGUCGAACAGCUGUGUGAUGUAUGUCUAUGAAAAUUCAACUUGAGAUUUUCCCUAUGGCACAGCCGUCACUAAUGUAAUGUGUAUAUGGUAGCUGAAAUUUGGAUGUAUAAUGCAGAAGAAUGGUGGCCAAUAAUUGCAUGAAUUACAUCCAAUCAGAAUUAAAGAUGUUAUUAGAAAUGAUUUGUAAUUACUCUGUAUAAUAAAUCAUGUGAUCUUUGGCCAUCAUUCACAUCCCACUAAAGUUAUGUCAAGCUACAUAGCUUAGCUAAAGACAUUACUAGUAACUUGCACAUCAUUAUGUCUAGACCGUGUUUGGUUUUGACUCUGUUCAAGCGGACCAUUUUAUUUCUUCUUCAGCUUGCCUGUUUUAUUUUCUCUUUCUCUUUUAAUAUCUGGACCAAUUAGCUGUUGUCUCUGUAUAUUUGUUUGCUUUUUUUGUUUGUUUUGGCAGACUUGUAUCUGGAGUUUGUGUGUGUGCCUGUGUACAGAAGCAUGUUUGAGUGUGUUUGUGUGGGUUCUUAUAUAAUGUAUAUUUUUAAAAAAGUCUGUUAUUUGUUAGUUUUAUGCCCUAAACAAUGGGAGUGUGUUUUUGAUUGGUGUCAUAUCUUUGCCAUAUCAGCUCUGUCUGAUUCAGCCCUUUGUCAUAUACCGGGCAAAGAUGUAUUUGCACAAACCCUUUUUAUUUUGUGUGUCAAUAAUAUGAAAACCAAUAAAUACAGUAUCCAAUUAGAUCCCAGACUUGGUUGGGGUCUUGAGGGGUUUGACCAGUAAGUGAGACUGUGGUACGUUGUCAUAUUAUCUUGACAUAACAAUGUGUUAACACCAUAAUGUAUUUAAAGGUUAACCUGUGGAACUUUGAAUGUUUUAACCACAUUUUACAUUUAUAAUCAAAACGAGUUGUCUGUAUUGUGUUUCCACGCAGUUUACCACUUCAUUUAUUCUCAUUGUUCAAAUUUCAACACUUGCCUGGUAUAAAGGUCUAGGUGCUCACAGCAAGUCAAUCUCUUUCCAACACACUCCUGCCCUACUUUUGGCCCUGCCCAUAUGGAAAAUGAAACUGUUUUUAGUUGGUCUUUAUAACCGAUUGUGAUUGGAGUCACAUGAUGAUGGUAUGUACAGUUAUGCUAUACCCUUAUUCAUGUUUUGUCCAUAUGAAAUGUGAAUGGAUAUCUUGCACAUUUACGCUUCUUUAAGGAAUGGAGCUGUUGAUCGCAUUGCAGCUUGAAGCUCAAUUCCUGACGAACCUAAUUAACCAGAGCACCAUGAUCAGUGAAAAAAUGCACUUGUAACGAGAAUGGCAUGUGGAUGAAGUUGGAAAUGCAUCUGUGGGCAGUCAGGUUUAAUAGAGUAUUUUUCCUGUUGCGUCUAGAGAACACUUAUCAAUCCUACACACUAGUGGCAAAGCUAUAAAUUCACAGUUAUUAAAAAAAAGACCAAGGCUUCAACUGAAUCCCACUCCAAAGUUAUCAUUCUCAUACCCAAACUGGAAUCUCCAUUUAAACUAAAUUUGAAGGGCUUAUAGAAACUCCCCUUGAAUGUUUACAUGUGCUUUGAGAGAUCAUUUGUAAACAGCACACUAGUGCAUUAUGUCUAAAUAAUGUGUCAUGUGUAGUGUGAGUGCUCAGGCACAUUUUGUAGCUUAGAUGAUGGUAGACCACUAGUGAUUUCCUUUCUGGCUGCAUUGCAUUUGAGAUUUUACAGGGUGUAAAGACAUUAUGAAACUGUCGCAUUCACUCAAGCCUAGUACUUAGUUUUUCACUAUUUUUUUUACAUGUAGUCUCUGAUGACCUGCUUCACAUUCUACCCAUUGUGCUUUUAACAAAAAAAGGAAAACAAUUUUCUAAAUUAUGUGUGUAAAUGUGUGAAAUUCAUCUCUUUCUAAAGUCGUGAGCUGCUGUGGGCUGUGAAAGUGAGCGCUAACUGCCUUCUCAUGUACGUAAUUGGGAUGAUGAUGAUGGUUGGGCUAUUUGUUGAGGUGAAGUCGGGUGUCAGAAUGCCUGCGGUGGUCAUCCAUCAAUGUCCUGCAGCCACAUGCCACCAUGCACGCACUAGUGAAAUGUAAUCUCACACACCGUCUAGAGCAAAUUUACCCGCCACCUCUCACCUGUGGUAUAGCUUGGCUUUUUAUGAAUGAAAAACCUUUGGAGCACACAUACACACACUACUUACAUAUGCCUACCAUAAACACACACAUAGAGUCUAUGUCCAACCUCUGCCCUCUUCUAAUGUCUGUAUGUGUUUGACCCAAAUGGCAGCACAGAUGAGAUGGUUUACUUUUAUGUAAAUAUUUUUAAGUCUGGUGUUCUGAGUGUCUUUAAUAUGAAAAGAAUUGA